AUGGCUGAUCAUUGCUACCAACCAUCAAAAUCAGCGUCAAGACAUCACAGGCAGGGUUGGUUAUUGGACAGGGUGCAUCAACGUGUUGUCGAAGAGCGCAUCUCUUGUCGAGGUUCUGAAGGUGUUUUGCUCAUUGAUGGGUGGACAAAUUCAUCGGCUAAUACCAAAAAUGUCGUCUGUACGAUUCAUACAGUGAAUUCCAAAAGUAUUUUUCUAAAAUCGUGGGACUUGACUGGCAUAGGAGAAACAGCAGAUCAAUUGAAAAACAUCGUUGAGGAAGGGAUCGACUUGGCAAAGGUGAAGUUCAAUAUCACAAUUUAUGCUGUUGUUUCUGACAAUGCAUCAGCCAUGGUGGCGAUGGGAAAUAAAGUGAAUAUUUGGCACACAACUUGCCACAGUCACAGUGGGAAUUUACUAGCGAAAGCUUUAGUACUUAAAGAAUUGACACAAAAAGUGAAUAAACUUUUACGAGAAUUCAAAGCUCCUGGGGCUGAACAUCACUUGAAAAAGCUUGGAGGCUCUAGGAUUAUCCUAGCAGGUGAGACUAGGUGGUGUAGUUACCGAGAUGCAUUCAGGUGCCUUUCCAAGAAUUUGCACUUCAUGAAGACACUAAUUGAAACAAAGACGAUCACUUUGAGCAAGGAAAGUGAAACUCUAUUGAGAGAUCCCUCAUUUGAGUGCGAGCUUCUAGAUAACAUUCUAAUUUUUGAUCCAAUAUGUGAGUUGAUGAAUGUUUGUCAAGGAUCGCAUUGUAGUCUAUCCGAAGGGUGCGAGGAAUGGUUAAAAUUGGCUAUACCCACUGUUAACAAUGAUUUGCAGGAAUUGUUGGAAAAGCGAUUCAAGAAGGUCUUAACACCAAUUAUGUUAACUUCUAAUUUUUUAAAUCCUAAAUACCGAGGUAAGAGAUUCAUCAAUGACGAGGAAAAAAUGGCGAUGGUCACUCACUUCAUAAUGCAAGAGCUGAACUUGGAUAAAAUAACUAAGGAGUCAGGUUUCUUUGCAUACCAGAAUAAUACCAACAUUUUUAAGAAAUUGAUGGAACGAAACAUGGAUCAAACACCUGAAACAUUGUGGACUACAGCUGCUCCAUUCUACCCUGAGCUAUCAGCUCUCGCAGUUAAGCUACUGAGAAUCCCGGCAGCCUCAGCACAACUUGAGAGACUUUUCUCCUCAUGGGCUUUUGUGCACUCCGAUCUGCGGAAUCGUCUCACAGUUGAUAGGUCAAUGAAGCUCGUGGAUAUUUACUAUUCUUUGAAGAUGAAUGAACUCUACGAGCACUGUUACGACGAUUUAAUGGACUCAGAUUGA